AUGCGGGAGGCAAUUGCGCUGGGGCACCUGCGGCACGAGCAGGCGAUGGUGCAGCAGGGCGCCGACGAGCAGGGCGGCGCAGCGACGCGCUGGCUCGCCGGCAUCGCCGAGGCGAGCAUCUCUCUCGGGGGCUGGGCGCGUCCUCGGCAACACGUGGAGCUCUCGGUGGAGGAGCGGAUGGCGACGGUGGAGGCGACCGAGGCGGCCAAGCGGCGCGCGGUCGAACAGCGCGCGCAGCGCGCCGCGGCGGCCGGCGGUGGCGUGGGGCCGUCGCUGGUCAUUCCGAGCAACUUCAACGCAAACUUCCACGCGCACCGGCGCGAGACCGCCCAGGCGCGUGCUCCUCCAGGCGGCGGCGGCGGCGGUGCCGGCGGUGGCGGCGGGCCCCGCUGCACCGACGGGCUGCGCGCGGUCGAGAGCGAUGGCGCCGCACUCAGCGCAUUCAAGCGGCGGAAGCACUGA